UGCUCCUGAAAAAUAUAUAAAAUUUCAAUUUGACAUUCACCCCAGUGUAAACUGUAAACCCCAGUCGAACCGCCCGAAGGGCCUGGACUCCUCAAAUUGCUGAGAAAAUGCGGGAAAAGAAAGUAAACUAAACUUGAAGGCAAACUCGUUGGAUUAAUUGAGUUCCAUCAUAUCGCCAUUCUUUUAGGGUAUCUAGCAUGAAGAGAAAAUGAGGGAAUAACUAGUCUUAAUUCAAGGCAUUAUGAAUAUGUUGAACUUAAGGAGAGCUUGAGGGAUAAGAAAAGAGACACAGAUGUGGGUGCGCUGUGGAAAACCUCUUUGGCACUUAGAAGCGUUGAGGCAAUCCUCUAAAUCUCCAUGGAUCUUCUCGUUAUUUUCUCUCUACUCCGAUACUCACAGGAAAUCCAAGCUUGCCCCUUUACAGGAGAGGAAAAUGAUAGACAGGUUCAAGCUAUAUGCUAAAGGAGGUGAUGGGGGCAAUGGUUGUUCCAGUUUUCGCCGUGGCCGGCACGAUCGCCGUGGCAGACCCGAUGGUGGUAAUGGUGGAAGAGGUGGUGAUGUGAUUUUGGAAUGUUCCCCCACAGUUUGGGACUUCAGCGGUUUGCAACAUCAUGUUGCUGCAAACAAGGGGGGACAUGGAGCCUCAAAGAAUAUGAUAGGAACCAGAGGGGAAAAUAAGGUUGUCUAUGUACCUGUUGGCACUGUGAUACAUCUUUUAGAGGGUGAAAUUCCUACCAUUAUUGAAAACCUUUCUUCAACAGAUCUGGAUCCAUGGGAGAUUCCUGGUACACUCGUCAGCGAUAUAGCUGAAUCUAAUCACGGAUCUGUUUAUAAUGACCCAAAUGUGCCAGCUGAAGUUGAAUCAGUUCUAAGUACUGAUUGCUCAUCAGCUCAAACUGAAGGACCUAUGGAGAUGUCGAUAAGCAUGAAGCAGACGACUCAAGUUGCAUCAACUGAUGCACUUUCUCAGUUUUCUUUAUCAUAUAAUACAUCCAAAAUUUGCACAAAAGAAGAGACGGCGGAAAAAGAAGAGACGGCAGAGAAAGAAGAGAUAGAGGAAACAGAACAAAUGAAAUACAAUGUUGCAGAACUAACAGAACAAGGUCAACAAAUUAUAGUUGCUCGAGGAGGGGAGGGCGGUUCGGGUAAUGUUUCCGCUGGCAAAGUUCCAAAGGGUAAUGUUUCUGCUGGCAAAGUUCCAAAGAAGCCCAAGUCUAUGAGUCCUGGGGUCGAUAAGGAUAAUACCUUUGAUGUCGAAGUAUCUGACGAUGAUCAGUCCUCUCUUAGUAAGGGUUUCCCUGGGUCUGAAUCGGUUCUUGUGUUGGAACUCAAGAGUAUUGCUGAUUUGAGCCUUGUGGGGAUGCCUAAUGCUGGUAAAAGUACACUACUAGGUGCUAUAUCAAGGGCCAAGCCCGCCGUAGGGCACUAUGCCUUCACAACUCUUAGGCCGAAUUUAGGGAAUCUGAACUAUGAUGACUUAUCAAUCACGGUGGCUGAUGUUCCGGGACUGAUAAAGGGUGCCCAUGAAAAUCGCGGACUUGGACAUGCAUUCCUGCGCCACAUAGAACGGACAAAGGUUCUGGCCUACGUGGUAGACUUAGCUGCUGCAUUAGACGGUAGAAAGGGCAUUCCACCAUGGGAACAGCUGAAAGAUCUUAUUUUGGAGCUUGAGUACCAUCAAGAGGGUUUAUCUGAUCGGCCAUCCUUAAUAGUGGCAAAUAAAAUUGAUGAGAAUGGGACUGAAGAAGUGUAUGAAGAACUAAAAAGAAGGGUGCCAGGUGUUCCUAUGUUUCCUGUCUGUGCUGUUUUGGAGGAUGGAAUACCAGAGUUGAAAACUGGUCUUAAAGGACUUGUGAAUGGUGAAAUUUCUACCAGACUCAGUUUAGAUGGAAUAUUGCUCGAUUAGGUGGUUAAUAAUACAAGAAAGUUUGCACUUGUUUUGAAUGCUUGGGGUGUAGGGUCUAGAGUUCUCUGCGACUCUUCAGGCUGUUUUCCCCGUUGAGGAAAUGAUGGAAUCAUCAGAAGCUGUCUUAUAUUAAAUAUACCCCGGAAUAGCAGGUUUAUAUUUCAUAAAUUUUGUCAAUUUUAAGCUGAAUAACUGCAUGGUUCAAAUGGAAACCCAAUGCAGCAGUGCUAAUUCAUAGUCUGCUAAAUUAUAUUGCAUUUUGUAAUGGUUUUGGCAUCGAACUCUGAUGGUUAUUUAUAAUUAGCUGACAUGAGUUCAUAUUUCA